AAAACAAACGCGUGCGAUGAGAGUGUAAAUAGAAAGAAAGAGAGUCCCAUUUUCUACUCAACAAACCAUAAAAGUCAGUCCAAACACACAACAAGGCCGAAAGCCCAUAUCUUCCCGGCCAUGGAGAACUACUCCUAUCCUUCCUACCCGGAGUCCGGCGACUCCUCCCCGAGGUCCCGUGAAAUCGAGUUCGAAAAUACUCCUUGGGACGAUCCCAAUCAGCCUCUCCCUCCCAAUUUCAAGGUCAAGUUCAUGUGCAGCUAUGGCGGCAAAAUCCAGCCCCGGCCCCACGACAACCAGCUCACUUACGUCGGCGGCGAGACCAAAAUCCUCUCCGUCGAACGCGGCGUCAAGUUUCCCCACUUCGUCUCCAAGCUCGCGUCUCUCUGCGACUUCGAUACUGUCUCCUUCAAGUACCAGCUUCCCGGAGAGGAUCUCGACGCUCUGAUUUCGGUCACCACCGACGACGAUCUCGAGCACAUGAUGCAUGAGUACGAUCGCCUCUAUAAGGCUUCUCCGAAGCCGGCGAGGCUCCGUCUGUUCAUCUUCCCGUCGAAUCCUCCCGCGAUGACGCCGACUCAGAGUUUUGGCUCUGAUGAUGCGAAAUCUGUCAAGGAGAGGUUUGUCGAUGCUUUGAAUUCGGGGCCGGUUCAGACGAAUCAAGCCCCGGCUGCGGUUGUGUUGCAGGCCGGAAACGCUGAUUUUCUGUUUGGAUCUGAGAAAGGGGUUCCCGCGCCGCCUCAAUUGAAGGUUAAGGAGCCGGAGGUCAGGGUCCCGCAGGGUUUGGAUGAGAGGGUGAUGAUGGGUUCGGAUCCGAUCCAGAAACAUAUCCAGGAUCUGCAGAGGUUGCAACUCGAAGAGCAGCAGCAGCAGCAGUUGUAUCGACAGAGAGUUGAUGAUAGUUUCUCCCCGCCAUAUGCCGGCGUAGACUACUAUUUACCCACGAAGGUCCCGGAAAAAAUGUCUCAAAUGAACGUGCCGCCGGCGAUGAAUCCACAGGUAGGAUAUUGGACGGAGAAGCAAAUACACGGUGGAGUGCUGCCUGCAAAUAGCGCCGGAAUGGAACAGCCGUACUACAUGAUUCCAGCGACGGGGAGUCCUUUUCACCCGCAAAUGGUGAGGCAAAUGCCUGGACCGGCCGGCCAAGGGUACUACGCCGUCCAGAGGAUGCCACCGGAGGCGUACCGAGAUCCAACGGUUUACAAUGUUAUGCACAACGUAGCUCCGACGGUGGCAUCGGGGCAACCAGCUCUGCCUGCUCAAGCGGGACAGAAGGUGGCGGCUUACUCCGACGGAUAUGGGAUGGUGAGGCCGCCGCCAAACGCAGGUCCGGUUGGAAUCGGGAUGACUCCUGAGGGGGGCUACGCACAAGUGGCGUACGACGGUGGGGUAGGUAGACCGGUGUACUACGCCCCGGGAGGUCUGGUUCCGCAAUCAGCACCCCAAACGCAUUAUCAAGCUGCUGCGGUGGCCGCGGCGACGAUUAACCCUGAGAUCAGGCCGGCGGUUCCCCUGAAUCAAGAUGCCGGUAAGGCUGUUCCUAAACCUGCACAAACUUCCGUCUGAUUAACGACUGAGAUUAAUUAAUUAAUGAACGGAAGAGAGUCAGACACAACCCUUAUCCAAAUUAAUUAUCGGAGUAAUAAUUAAUGUUCGGCGGAAUUAUCAUUAUCCUCGUUUUCAAGGCUUAGAGCGUCACCGUCUCUGUGUUCUGUACAUUGAAGUGGAAAAACAAACGCAACAGCCAAUCGAUCUGGUGUUGGAAAUCGGGUAUUGGAUGGGUUUAUUAGAAUAAAAUAUUUGUAUUGUAUUUUUAAAUAAAACUAAUUAAAGAAAAUUCCACGUGUACGAUUGUUCACCCCAGCCAAAAGAAAUGAUGUAAAAUUGAAGUGGAAUUCUAAAAUACGAUAGUAUAGAUUAUUUAGUGUAAUGUUUAGAAAGAAUUAUUAAUUGUGACACUAAUUAUAUCAAUAUCUGAUAACAUGAAUAUUUGACAAUAUAAUAAUUUCCUGAUAGCGCUGAUGUAUUUCCUAUUUAUGGAAAAAUAACAAACCACUCAUAUUACGAGAACUUUCAGUUUUAGGAUGUUU